AGUACCGAAUGCUGCACUGGCUGGGCUGCCUCGUCUUCACCCUUUGUUGGCGAUAUUGGCUGACGGUUAACUGUUUCAGGUUUUGCCUGCGUCGCCUUAUGCUAAAUCCCCCUCUCUUCGCUGCCGGGAUACCAGAGGUGUUAUCGAGACUGCAUGGCAGAAGGGAAGCCUUCGCUUGAUCGGGUUUCAGUGGAUUGGCCGAGGCAAAUGCCAUUCAAUACACUCUCCCAGCGUGCAUGGGUAUAAACAGCAUGGCCAUCGCGCAUUCCAGUUGGUCUAAAUAUAUCUAUUAAGGCCACAGGAGGGGGAGGACUGUUGUAGGGGCUUUAUCCUGGGACGUUUCACUGUCGCACCACUUGAAUUAUCUUCUGGAGAUUGACAGUUGGUUAUUACACCCACAGAGGAGAACUUGGCCCUAUCCAAAACAUGCCCUCGAGUAACAGUGUGAGAUCCAGGGCGAGGGAGAGAAACAGCGUCCUGAGCAGACCUGAGUUCAUAUCCCUGAACCAGCCCCUUCGCGGCGGCGGCGCUGGCUGCCCCUCUGAGAGCCGAGGCAGCGCCAGGCGACCGGGUCAAAUCAAGCACCAAACAAGCCAGCCGAGUGAAGAACCUACCGACAGUGGCAGCAAGGAUAGGAGAGAGCCCAUCAAAAUGCCAGAGGAAGACUGUAUGCUGCUGAACCCUUCAUUUAAGGGAAUAGCGAAAAACUCCCUCCUCGCCAUUGACAUCUGUCUGUCCAAGCGCAUGGGGGUGUGCGCCUAUACGUCGUCCUCCUGGGGAGGCUGCCGCUCCAUGGUCGCCCUGUUAGCGCUCACAGGGCACGGCAUCACUUGGAUCAUUGGCACUAUAGUGUGUCUCACAAGGAGUAACACUCUGGCUGGGCAAGAGGUCCUGGUCAACCUGCUGCUUGCCCUCAUUCUUGACGUCAUGACUGUGGCUGGAGUACAGAGACUGGUGAAGCGCAGAGGACCCUGGGAGAUGAUGCCAGGCUUCAUGGACUGCAUCGCCAUGGACAUCUACUCCUUCCCCGCUGCUCAUGCCAGCCGGGCCGCUAUGGUAUCCAAGUUCCUGCUGUCCCACCUGGUCCUGGCUGUGCCGCUCCGCAUCCUGUUGGUGCUUUGGGCCCUCCUGGUGGGCAUGUCCCGGGUGCUGCUGGGGAAACACCACCUAACUGAUAUGGUGUGUGGCUUUGCGCUGGGCAUGCUCCACUUUAGCUUGAUGGAAUCAGUGUGGCUCUCAUCAAGCACUUGUCAGACUCUUAUUUCCAUAAGCACGCUCAGCUGGAGCCCCUUUUUCUGAGCUUUUGAUAUAAGGCUAUGCUAGCACACAAAGCAUAUUUGAUACACUAACCUCGCAAUGUCAAGGACUUAGGUCUGAUGAAAUUAUUUUUGAAAGGGUCCGAAGUUCUAUGUGAAUAGAGAAGCAUUCGUAUUUGGAAUCAGAUGCUGGCUUGCAAUUAACACAAACGACAGGCAGGUCACAAGACAUUACAAGACCUUCAUAAUGCAUAAUGCUCAAUUGCAUACUAAUAAUAUAAGGAAAAUUAAGACAACUGAAAACUGACAAUGAUUUGGUGAAAAUGUACAUGAUUUUUUUUGUUUUUAUAUUUUUAAUUCUCAUGCUGUAUUGAAAGCUGGUACCAUUUAUCCAAAACUGAACCACUUUCUAUUCAACAAAAUCUCUCCUGAGUCUGUGUGCUCCUUUAUCUUUGCCAUCUUAACUCAUUUUACUUCCUCCUUCCCUGCUACCUCUUCCUCUUUUCUCAUUUUUUUUUUUUUUUUAAGUAUUUGUGCUUUUAUUUUGAAAUAUUGAUAUACUUAACGUUGGACACUGAAUAGUGUGGUGUGAAGCUGUAAUAUUGGAUGUAAAACACUAAAAUAUAUAAAGUGAUUGUUGUAUGGAUAUUCCACAUUGUUCCUGAUUGGCAUGAUGUUUGUAUAUUUCUGAUGGAAUUCUGUUCUUACCGAAUGUUGAUCAAAUAUGAACUUAUUUUAAUGCCACUCAAUUUAGCUGCUUGUGUAAAAGAAAUGUCACACAGAAUUUAAUUUUUUUUUUUACAGGGUCAAAUAUAAUUUCCUUUCAACAUGCCAUUUAUGCUCCAAUGAGUUUAAUUUCUCUUUUUAUAGAAGAUAUUUCUCAUUUCAGACUGCUGCAGUCUGCAAAUCAGCCUAACAGAUGCUUAUGGUUUGUCAGUGAGGCUGAUUAUAUGCCCCACAAAACAACUGAAGUGUGUGUGUGUGUGUGUGUGUGUGUGUUUCUGACUUAGGCUAUACCCUCGGGUACACAUUUCAGACUAAAGACCAGUUAAUUGGGGUUGGCUUGUCCAAAUGGGGACGUGUGGGGUGUGUGUGAAUGUUGGUAUACAAAGUAAAAAAUAUCUGUUUGCAAUAUCAGCUUUGAACAAAUUAUAACUUUCUUUUGUGUUUUAAUAGACCUUUGAAUGAAACCUACUGUUUUUUUGUGGUUUGGUGUGUAAAUACAGUUGUGUGUAUAUUAGUUUGCUUUGUUCUGUACAGGGAUCUGUAUGUCAUGUUUUUACUUUGUUUUUUUUUUCCAUCUCUUUAAUAAAGCAUUGUGGGCUGUCAGUAGAACGUGGUUGCGUUUGCGUUUUAUUAUUUUACAUGUGAAUAAAUGUGGUUUUACUGAGGCUUGUCCAUACAAUAUGGCUGACGCCCCCCUCAUCGAAUACUAUGUACAGUAUAUGCCAACAACAGUG